GCACAAGCUCCGCCCUGUUAAUUUCUGUACCGGAUUUGUACUAGCGAGUCUUUAAGUAAGGUCUCAGUCGCUCGUCGUGGUAUCCUUCUGGUUCUCAUCCGUGUUGCAAUCUGUUAGUAAUUCGAAGCAGACAGUGACUAGGAAUCGUGGUUGCAAAGAUGAUUUUUUUUCUUGGACAUCUCACAUUUCACGGUCGCUGUUGGCAGAUUGGUUACUAGGGGAUGACCCUGAAUUUGUUGGGCAUGGCAGUUUAAUUAGCAGUAUUAUGAAUGCCUACGCACAAAGCAACCUUGUAGAUCUGAAUAUCUUCUAGGUUUGCACUGAAUUGUUCAACACAUCACCUUUUUAUUCGGUGGUUUAUAUGCUCUGACCAGGGAUCAGUUGGUCAAAAUAAGUUGGCCUCAUUUGUGAUGGAAGGGGCACAAGGACCACCAAGUAAUGCGGCAAAACACAAGAAAAUAAAGUCUCCUGUUCAGAUAUGGAGACCGAUCUCAACAGCAGCAGUUCCCCAGAAAGGUGACACUAAUGAGAUAUCAAAUUCUGAAAGGAAAGAAGUCAUAGAGGAUUGCAUUACUGCUAGCGAGAAUUUGACAUCAGAUGGAACAACUAAUGUUGUUAUUGAAGUUAUCACCAACGAUGCUUCAUUGUCAGAAAAUAAUUUGAGUUUUGAAUCCAGUUCAACUAAAGUAGUUACAGAAGACAAUGUGGAGGUAUCUGGCUUCAAUAAGGAUCUAGACGGGUCUGAUAUCUCUGAAAAAUAUUGCUCCUCUAUUGAGGUAGAUGCUCCUCUGAUGUGCUUUGUGAAAGGAAAGGGUGGGUCUAUGCAGAAGCAGAUUGAAGAGGAUACUGGAGUCAAAAUUAUCUUCCCAUCGUCAACGGAGGAGACUUCUGUUGUCCUUGAAGGUAAAAGUGCUGAAAGUAUUAGAAAAGCAUCACAGAAGAUUGCAAAUGUUCUUGAAGAGUCUGUUCAAAGUCGAAUGCUAGACUACUCUCAUUUCAUAUCACUUCCGUUGGCUAUCCACCCGGAUCUUGUCGACAAGCUGAACUACUUCCAGAGCUCAAUCCUUGGGCUUUCUGCUUCUAAUGAAGACAGUGAUAAAGAUGAGAGCCUAAGUGAAGGUUCUAUUGAUGAAAUGAAUCAUGACCACAAGCAACUGGACAAGCAACCGGAUGGCUCAAGCGUUUCCGUCAAGCCGCAAGUCCAAGAACAAGAGUCUGUUAAUGCGAAAAUGGAUACCAAAGGCUCCCGAACAGGCAUUGACAAGUCAAUAUUCAUCAAACCCAAAACAUUCCACCUAACGGUUCUUAUGUUGAAGUUGUGGAACAAGGAACGUAUAGCUAAGGCUUCGGAUGUGCUCCAGUCGAUAUCUACCCAGGUAGAUGAAGCUUUGGAAAACCGACCUAUCUCCAUACAGCUUAGAGGUCUGACAUGCAUGAAAGGCUCGCCAGCUAAGGCUCGGGUGGUAUAUGCUCCAGUGCUGGAAGUUGGUGAAGAGGGGCGCCUAGCACGUGCUUGCAAAGUCAUAAUUGAUGCCUUUGUCAAGUCAGGCCUAGUUCUUGAAAGGGAUGCAAGACACGAAUUGAAGUUGCACGCGACCAUAAUGAAUGUGCGGCACAGGAAGAGCAAGAAAUGGAACCGAUGGAACGAUUCAUUUGAUGCUCGGGGUAUAUUCAGGAAAUACGGGAAAGAGGAAUGGGGUGAAUAUCACAUUCCUGAGGUUCAUCUUUCUGAGAGAUUCAAGUUUGACGAAAGCGGAUACUACCAUUGCUGUUCGUCAAUCCCCUUGCCUGCAGACAUGCAAAGGGGGUGAGAUAUGUAAUUCCGUACUAUGUUGUAUCAUACUGCAGGGCUCAAACCUUUCAGCAAUUUAAGUAUAUGAACCUUAUGCCCUUAGGACCGGUGUGUGGUAAAUUACUGUUGUGAAUUACUGAUUUCAGUCAUGUCUUGUCCUUGUAUGUUGUUCUGGUUUAAGUAUAUGAACCUUAUGCCCUUA